AUGGAAAAAUAUACGAACGAUGUGCCUGCUUGCUUGGCAAAGUUGGAUGAACUUGGAUGGGGAACAGAUCACCCGUUGUACCAUGUAGCUACUUUUAUCUUCAGUGAGCGUGCCGAUUAUAGGAAAGGGGCGAUAGGUGCGUUAGAUGUGACUCUCAUACAUGCAGUUGUGCCUGUCGAUCAACAAGCUCGUUAUAAGGGAAGAGGAAGAGGUGAAUGUUAUCAAAACGUUUUAGCGAUUUGUGAUUUUAAUAUGGUAUUCACUUAUGUUUGGGCUGGAUGGGAGGGCAUAGCACAUGAUGCUAGAGUUUUAAGAGAAGUUGCAUUGAAUCCAACUUCUGGUUUUCCAUUUCCUACACCAGAAAAAUAUUAUCUUUGUGAUGCUGCAUAUGCCAACACGCGUGGAUUUUUGACUCCAUAUCGCAAUACAAGAUAUUGGCUAGCUGAUUUUCGUCGUCGACGUGCCUUGACCAAAGAAGAAAGAUUCAAUCAUGCCCACGCACAACUCAGAAAUGUUAUCGAACGUGCUUUUGGUGUAUUGAAAGCAAGAUUCCCAAUUUUGAAGCAAAUGGCCCCUUAUCCUUUUCGCAUACAAAGAAACAUUGUAAUUGCUCGUUUCGCGAUCCACAACUUUAAAAGAAGAUGCAACAUGCAAGAUCAAUUAUUCAUGGAUUACGACAAUAAUCCCAUGUGCAUUACUGAAACACAAGAACAAAUUGAUAGAGGCGAGGAAGAAGAGAUAAAUGCAACACCUUGGGGUCCCCAAGACAGUGAGUACAUGACUAAUUUGCGUAAUGAGAUUGCAAAUCAACUGGUGUUAAAUGCUUCAAAUUAG